AUGAUGAACACGAAAGCAACUCGACAGAUUAGGUUUGCAUUGAUUUUGAUAAUUGUUAUUACCCUGUUAUUGUCUUAUAAUGGUUAUAAUUGCUUUGGUAAUACAACACAUAUAUUGUCUUAUCAGUUUAAUAAUGAUGAUACAAGUGACUCGGGUUCCAGUGGUAUUCCAUUACCAGCAUCAUUCGCCUCGCAUUAUUCAGGCAGUAAAGACGUUCCUUUAAGUAGCGGUGCAUUGAAUUUAUUUUACAGUUCAUUCCAAUGUGUAGGUGGAAAUCCUGGUGAUAUGGGUACUCAAGGUUCUUGGGGUGAUCGACAGUGUAUAUUCCAUAAUGUUUGUGUACAAGGAAACGAAUCAAGUUCACUGUAUAUUGUUGAUUAUUUUUAUCCAGCAUCAAUUUCAUCAUUAAGUUCAACAAUAAUUCGUGUAAAUGAUACAUUUCUAGGUCUACGUCAUGGUCUCCCUGGUGGUGAUGAUGCGCGUAAGAUUCAAGUACGUUUAGUUCCUAUGAACCAUUCAGAUCAAACCGAUCCGAACAGAAAUCUUCGAUAUUUGGAUGAGACUUAUUUAAUGUACCAGAUCUUGCCAGAUAAAGAUAUGAAUUUUGGUCAUGUCAUAUUUGACGAUGCUUUUGGUUUGUAUGCGAUUUUGAGACAAUUUCGCGCUACUCGAUAUAACUCACCUAACAAAAAUCAUGUGCUAGUAUUUCAAUCUUGCGAAGACUUUAAAGGACAUUUGAAUGAACUAUGCGUUAAAUUCACUAAAGGAAUUUUUCCAACCAUUACAUCCCAUCCAGUUCGCUCAAUCAAUUCAUUAUUUGAUUCAUCAGUGAAUUCUAAUCGCAUUUGCUUUCGAGAAUUAGUUGCUGGACAAGGCGCUUCCGGUGCCAUUGGCUGGGGUCCAAAAAAUUUUAACCGUGCUCAAAUUUUCUCUGACUUUCGCACAGAUCUUCUUCUCACUCAUCGAAUUAAUCCAAAUAUCAUUCCCAAACAACAUCAUAUCUUACUUGUUAAUAAAAAUGGCAGACGAAGAUUUCACAAUUUAGAUGAAAUCUACAACAAAAUGUUAUCUACUCCUCGAUAUGCCGGAAUCAAGAUUACCAUUGCUGAUGACUUUAAAAAUUUAACCAUUACUCAACAAUUAGAAUUAUUUCAGACAGUAACAAUUGCUAUAUCACCUUGUGGUGGUAUCUCUUUGCUCUUCUUUUUCCUUCCUCGGCAAUCGGUAUUAAUUGUCUCAGGUUAUCCUUACAUGGCCCGUAUGGAAGCUCAGUUAUGGGAUUAUCAAACUCAUUUACGUGUCAUUCAUUAUCCAAUUCAAUCUAAUGAUGAAUUUGUACUACCACCACAAUAUAAAAAAGAUGACGGAGUAGCUCUUCGCAAUCAUGCAGAUGUAAUUCUUCAAAGUGAAAAACUAUUUGCUCUCAUCGAUAAAGCAUUUAUAACAACUGCAAUGAGAAGUAGUUAA